GAGCCUUCGGCUUGCGACUCUCCAUACUGUUUGGGAAUCAUCAAGUUUACUGUCUUAGGCGAAAGACCAGCAGCAUACCUAAGCAAACUGACAAUUACAGUCUAAAGUCAGGUCUAAAUCUCGCGGGAAGCGGUAUUUCUCUCACCUUGGAACUCUUGCUCAAGUGCACGCGUACAAAAGAUUUGACGCGAAAUGGCAUAGCACUUAGUUUCAGGGGCAGCGAGGCCGGGCGGAGCAGCUGGCGAGGGGUUUCUCUUGAGAAGCCUGGGCGCGCCGCGAGGCGCCCGGCUCAGUGGGCAAGAUGCAUAUUAAGCAGGUGCUGAUUGAGGGGUUCAAGAGCUACAAGGACCAGACAAGCACUGAUGAGUUCGAUCCCAAAAUCAAUGUUGUCGUCGGAGCGAACGGCUCAGGGAAGUCCAACUUCUUUCACGCCAUCCGCUUCGUGCUCAACGAUGCCUUCAUCAACAUGCGCGGGGAGGAGCGGCUGCAGUUGCUGCAUGAGGGCGCCGGGCACCGGGUGUCCAGUGCAUGGGUGGAGGUGGUGUUUGACAACACGGACGGCCGCUUUCCGAUUGACAGGUCAGAGGUCCGGCUGCGGCGCACCAUCAACGCCAAGAAGGAUGAUUACACGCUGGACAAGAAGCACAUCAACAAGAGCGAGGUCAGCAGCUUGCUCGAAAGCGCGGGCUUCAGCAAGAGCAACCCAUACUACAUCGUCCAGCAGGGCAAGAUCACGGCCAUGGCGGCGAUGAGCGACGCACAGCGCAUGGAGCUGCUGAAGGAGAUUGGCGGGACUCGGGUGUAUGAAGAGCGGCGCAAGGAGAGCCUGCGCGUCAUGCAGGAGACCGAGAGCCGCAAACAGCAGAUUCUCAGCAUGCUGUCGGAGAUUGAGGACAAGCUGCGCGAGCUGGACGCGGAGCGGGCGGAGCUGAUGGAGUACCAGGACCUGGACCGGCGGCGGCGCUGUCUGCAGUACACCCUGUUCGACAAGGAGCUGGCCAAGGCCACCGCGGACGCCGCCAGGCUGGAGCGUGAGGCGGCCCAGCUGCGCGAGACGGUGGGCAGCGCCUCCACGGACCAGGAGCGCACGAUGGCGGAGGGCAAGGAGCUGGAGCGGCAGGUCAAGGCGCUGGAGGCCGAGUACGCCGUGGCGCAGGGCCAGGCCAGAGCACUGCAGGCCCGGCGCCAGGAGCUUGUUGCUCAGCGCUCGCGGCAGGAGGUGGACAUCGAGGAGCUGGAGCGCCGCGUGCGGCGGGCCGAGUCGCGCGAGCAAAGUUCCCGGCGCGAAAUGGCGGCGCUGCAGAAGGACCUGGAGGCGGAGCAGGCUAAGCUCAAGCAGCUUCAACAAGCCGCCGCCACCGCCGAGGCCGACUGGUCGGAUCUGCAGUCGCGCAUCAAGGAGGCGGACAGCCGGCUGGCGGCGCUGUACCGCAAGCAGGGCUCCAGUUCGUACCGCAGCCGCGACGAGCGAGACGCGGAGCUCAAGAAGCAGCUGGUGGCGUACGAGCACAAGCUGGCGACCAAGAAGCAGAGCCGCGAGCGCACGCAGGAGGAGUACCGCGCCCACAACGAGCAGCUCAUGGAGCUGAGCCAGACUAUCGGCGACCUGGACGCCGAGGUACGGUCUCUGGAGGGUCGGGUGUUGGACUCGGACAAGGCGCACGCCGAGGCGCAUGCGGCUCGCGUGAAGCUGCUGGACGACCGCAAGGCCAAGCAGCGCGAGGAGGAGUUCGCGGAGCAGGCGCUGAAGACGGCGGAGGCGGAGAUGCGGGCGGCGCAGUCGGCGUAUGACAAAUGUAUGCCAAACGACGUGCGCAAGGGCAUCCAGGGGCUGGAUGCGCUGCGGCAGCGGUACGGUGUGGACAUGAGCGGUGUGCACGGCGCCGUCAUUGAGCACAUCCGAAUUGCGGACUUGUUUUACGUGGCCGUGGACACCAUUGCGGGCAACCAUUUGUUUGACGUCCUGGUGGAGAAUGAGGAGGUGGCGGGUCGCCUCAUCCGCGGCCUGCACCAGAACAACUUGGGCCGAGCCACGUUCGUGCCGCUCAACCGAGUGGGCGACAUGCCCGAGCCGCCGCCGCCGACAGAGUGGGGCCAGGACGUCGUAUCGCUGUACCGCAAGAUCAGCACCGACCCCCGCUUUAAGCCGGCCAUGCGCGACCUGUUCGGCCAGGCGCUGCUGUGCAAGGACAAGGACGUGGCAACCGAGGUGUGCCGCUCCAAUGACAAGUUCGACUGCGUCACGCUCGACGGCGAGAAGUUCGGGCGGCGCGGCAACAUCAGCGGUGGCUUUGCGCCUACCAAUCGCGCCCGGCUGGCGGUGUACGACAACCUGAUGAAGGCACGAGAGCAGGUGGUUGCUGCGGACCGCAAGGCGAAGGACGUGGCCGCCGAGGUGGCGCGGCUGCACGCGGUGGUGGAGGCGGCGGCCAGCCAGCAGGAGAACCUGGACAUGGAGCGCGGCAAGCUGCGCAACGUCAUGCGCGACAAGAAGCAGGACCUGAAGCGCAUCCGCGAGGAGGAGGCGGAGCUGCGCAGCCGCGUGGACGGCGCAGAGCGCACCUUGACCGCCUACGAGAGUGAGAUUGCACACAUCGAGCACGAGGUGUCUGGCCUCAAACGCGAGCUGGCCAGUGACAUGUCGUCCACGCUGACUGCGGCGGAGCGGAACGAGGUCAAGAGCCUCAAUCUGGCGAAGACGCGGAUGUCGGAUCAGCUGCGCGGCUUGUCACAGAAGCGCGACGAGGCGCAGGCGGCGGUUCAGGCCUGCGAGGCGCAUAUCACAGGUGUGCUCAAGCGGCGCGAGGCGUCCAUCCAGGAGGCGCUGUCCACCGACGAUGCCGCCAACGACAAGGCAGCGCUGUCGCUGCGGCAGGCCGACCUGGAGGCGUUACGUCGCUCGCUGGAUGAGGCCAAGGCGGAGGCGGGCCGCUCAGAGCGCCGCGCGGAGGAGCUGCGGGCGCGGCUGGACGAGCUGCAGCGGCAGCGUGACGCGCUGCGGGAUGAGGCUGGCAAGCGGGAGGCAGCAGUGGCGGACAGCGCCAAGGCCCUGGAGGGUCUGGACCACAAGCGCGAGGUGGCGGCGGCCAAGGCGGCCGAGAACGAGCGCAAGAUUCGCGAGCUGGGCUCACUGCCGCAGGAGGCGUUCGACAAGCCCUACCGAGACCGCAGCAUCAAGGACCUGAUGCGGGCGUUGGAGGAAGUGAAUGCCGGCCUGCAGCGCUUUGCCGGUGUGAACCGCAAGGCACUGGACCAGUACGUGGACUUCUCCAACCAGCGCGAGGAGCUGGGCUCGCGCCUUAAGGAGCAGCAAGCCUCCGACUCAAAGAUUCGGGAGCUGAUAACGGCGCUGGACAUGCGCAAGGACGAGGCCAUCGAGCGCACCUUCAAGGGCGUGGCUAAAAAUUUCCGCGAGGUGUUCGCAGACCUGGUGCCGGGCGGCACGGGAGAGCUGGUGAUGAUCCGUGCGGCUGGCCGGGCGGCUGCCGCCGACGGCGAGGACGACGAGGGCGGCGGUACGGGGCCCAGCGGUGGCAGUGAGAAGUACAGCGGUGUCAAGGUCAAGGUCCGCUUCGCUGGCGCUGGAGAGGCGGUGUCCAUGCGCGCGCUGUCGGGCGGCCAGAAGACGCUGGUGGCGCUGGCUCUCAUCUUCGCAAUCCAGCGCUGCGACCCCGCGCCCUUCUACCUGUUCGACGAAAUUGAUGCGGCGCUGGACCCGCAGUACCGGACGACUGUGGCGGCCAUGCUGCGGCGCCAGGCCCACGACGCCACCAACCCUGCCCAGUUCAUAGUCACGACGUUCCAUCCCCAGAUCGUCUCGGAGGCAGACCGGCUGUUUGGUGUGGCACACACCAACCGCAUCUCACGCGUGUACGCGAUCCAACGGGAGGACGCGCUGCAAUUUCUGCAGGCCGCAGAGGAGCACGGGCAGCAAGGCGACGGCACCAGCCAUGGCGCAGGCGCAUCGGCCGCGGUCACCAAGCAGCAGGGGAAGAGGGCACGUGGUGCAGCAGGUGGAGCAUCAGCAGCGGCAGGUGCGCGCAAGCGGCAGCGUCCAGCGGCACGGCGCAAGGAGGAGGACGAGGAGAACGACAACGAAGGCAGUGCGGACGAGGAAGCGGGUGGAGAUGACGAUGAGGAUUAGAUGGAGACCCUGUUUUGCAGAUGGAAACAGUAAUGCCGUGGAUACGAUCAUACAAUUUGCAGGAUGAACACGUGCCUGCGCGUUCGGAAGACGCAGGUUUGGCAUUCCAGUGUCAGUGGGAGGGCCCGACUGCCGCCCGAGAUUGGGACGAGAGGUAGGAUGCUGACAGUACUGGGAGGUUUUGCAGCAACACCGGGGUUGGGCUUCGGUGGAAGUCCAUGGUCUCUCUAUAUGUGCUUAGACACUCAGAUUGUCCCCUCUUAUAACAUCGCAAUCUUACGGCAGGGCCCAGGAGUGAAUGACUAAAACGGUAUAGCAAGGGUCAAAAGGUUUAGGGCGGGCGAAGGAUCCUGACGAAUGGCGAUGUUUCCGCGUAGCGGAAGUUUGUCUGGAUAUGGAUACAUGUUUGGGAGGUGCAAGCAAGUGGGGUAGAAAGCUCAGAUUCUUACCCCAUGCUCAAAAUUACAGAGCUUUAGGAGAGCAUUACGCACGUACUAUUAGCUUUGUCAGGGGUGGUCCGUGGGGGUGGUCUGAUGAGGAACGAAGUUCUGGGCCGCCAAAGUUGAGGGGUCGGUCGUAAUCCCUGGGGGUCCGCGGAUUUCGGGAAGCGCCCCACAAGCAGAACUAGGGGCCAAACGCAGCACCACGAGGCUUAAUCGUGCACGUUGUGCCGUAAUUAAGCACAAAUAAAGCAUGGGAGGGCUAUUAUGCGCGUCCUGGCGUCCCUCCCACAGUCGACACAUGCGCACUGACUUGGCGGGGCUCUCAGGCGCUGGUGGCCUCGUGCGCAUGAAGGCUGCCGACGCACGCUGUCCGUACAUUACUUGACACUGAGUUGAACGCGGGGUGGGCUGGGUCGGGGGGAUUUCCUUGGACGGAUAGCAUCCCGCGUGUGACCGAAGUGUUACAACAGGACCGCUCAUGGCCUAGCGUGAUAGCGCUCGUCACCAGGAGUCAAUGGGCACCGCUUUGGUGGGAUUAAACGUUAACAAUUAGGCUGUGUAUGUGGGGGUUCGGUCGUCCCCUCCGUCCCCUCGAGGGGGGUCCGGGGGAUUUCGGGGCAUGGGGUCUGGCACGUUGUUCCCAACCCACACUUACACCAGGGGAGGUCAGUCUUCGCUGACUUAUACGGUCACAAACACGGUCCUGCCCCCGCGUGCUUGGGGUCGAGGACAUGCUGGGCACGCACGUAAGAAGCCUUGCUCCCUUACAUGUAGUUCCUUGUCCUAAAUCGUGUGUGUCUAAACGUACACUGAGGUGGGACGAGUCUAGCUGUCUAGGCUUACGGGAUGUCCCGCCAGGGCCCUCAGUUCG